GGUUCUUCGUCAGUGCAAUAUAUUUUAAAUCCCAGAUUUACAAGCAUAGGACAACAUAUUAAAAAAAUAACUUCUUCCUUAAGAGUUGAGAAAAAUAAAAGAAAAUUUAGAAAAACUUGCUUAGAUCUGGCUGAUUAUAUCAUUGGGAAAAGCCACGCACCCGCACAUAUUGAUCAAUCUAAAUGGGACUUAGCACUAAAGAAUUGGUAUAAAAUUCAAUAUAAAGAUCUAACUAGACAUGGGGAAUGCCCUAUGAUUAUAAAGCAGAAUGAGAGAAAUCUUUUAGAAUUAAGUUAUGAGGUAAAAGAUUUUCAUGAAAAACUCAAUCGACUAAAAUCCUUCCUUACAGAAAAUAAUACAUAUAGUUGUAAUAAUGAUCCAGCUUGUAUGAAAAUACUUAAAGAAUAUAAUAUCUGGAUUAAUGAUAGGAAAAAAUAUUUUGAGGGAAAAAGAGAGCUCAUUCAAAAAAAUUCCUCAUAUGAACAAAGGAAAUUGAAAUUUUCAAUACCAAUUAAUAACUUGCUGAAUCCUGAAAUAUAUAGUGAACUUUCUGAAGCUUUACCUUCAGUUUCAGUUCCAUUUGAAGAAGAAGAUGGAAAAGAGAUAAGAGGAGAAGGAAAAGGAGAAGACAUAUCCUUAGGAGUAAGAGGAAAUGCGUCUGAAAAUCAAAGUACACUACAAGAAGAAGCUUCAACUUCAGGACCAUCAUUACUUGAAACAUCUGAAACUAUAAGUACAGGAAAAUUACCUGGAUCAGCUGUAGAUUCCCCAAUUGCAGAAUCUGAAAAAUCAAAGUUUCCUAAAAAUUCAGAACAACCUACUUCAAUGACUGAAUCUGAUCCUGUAGAACAUCGUCCAAUAACUCGUGGAUUAGGAGAAAGUACUGGUCAUAUAACUACUAUACCAUCUGAUGAAGCAUUAAAACCUGAUUCAAGUUCUGUUUUUAUUAUACCCUCUAAAAGACCAGGUAUCACUUAUUUUACUUAUUAUUAUAUUUUUGAAAUGUAUAUGCUAAAUAAUAUAUAAAUUUUAAAAGAUAUUGCAGAUACAGAAGGAAAUCAAUAUAACGCCCACAUAUCGUAUAUUUUAACAAGCUUUCUAGUUAUUAUAGUAUUUUCCUUUUUUAUUAAAUAUGUUUUAAUAGGUAUGUUUAAAAAAAAGAAAAAGAUAAAAAGAAGAGAAGUUAAAUUUCUGAGAAUAUUAGUACCUUCCUAUUAUAACAGAAGUAAAUUUUUAAGACAUAAUUAUUUGGAACACCCAAUAAAUGAAGACGAAGAAAUCAUUAAAAAAAUAAAAAUACAAGAACAUAAUAUGAACAAAAAUGAAAAUGUAUUAUACGGAAAAAAGGACAGAUCCAUAACUAUUAUAGAAGUACAUAUGGAAAUACUGGAAGAAUGCAGAAAUAACAAAGGAGAAUUUUUAGCAAUAUGCCAAGAAGUAUUAACAAAAAAAGAAAUGAACUACGAUGAAGUAGUAAUGGAUAAUAUUAAAAGUACCAAUGAAAUUGAAUGGAGUAAAUGGGUGGAAGGAAAAAUGAGAAAAAAGGAUUGGUUUAACAAUCUGAAAAAUGAUUGGAAAGAAGAAAGAUCAUACAUAAAAAAUAGUGAAAAAUUAAGAAAAUAUCUUUCAAAUAAAAUGAAAUUUAGGAUAUAUGGAGACGUUGGGUAUCAAGGAAGGGUACUAUUGUAGAAAAAUAUUUGGAAGAGGACUUGUUUGAAAAAUUGAGAAUGAUAGAUACAUAUGAAAUGAAGAUAUUAUUUAUGAAUAAAGAAGAAUUGGAAAACAAAGAAAAUAAAUACUUUAAAACAAAAUUAUUAGAAAAACUGUGUAUACUAGUAUUUAUGAUGGUAUUAGAGGAAUGUAAAAAUGAGGAGUAUAUAGAAAAUAUGGAAUCACAUUUCGAUAAUUCUAUAAAUGAAUGUAUAACAGGAAAAAACUUAGAUAUUAAACCAGAAAUUGAGAUUAACGGAGAUGUUUUAGGGAAUAUAAAAAAUAAUAAAAAUUAUGCUUAUGAGGGAGAAGACUGUUUCAGAGAAGAAUUGAAAGAAUGGAUAAGAGAAAAUGAUGCAUACAUAAAUUCCUUAGAUAGUGAUAAUAACAUAGACGAAUGUUAUCAAGUGGUAGAA